GUGGAACAGAGCUCGAGCCCAGACCUCCACCUCCACGAGCUGCUGCUGUGACGCAACACCUGUGGCUCCGACUACCACCUGUGGCUCCGACUACCACCUGAAACAUCCCAAGUCUGCGCAAAAUGGCUGUGAUGCUGAAGCCGUGGACGGUGCUGGUUGCCGUGGUGCUGUGUGUUCUGGUGUGUCUGGGGACCCUUUCAGACGCUUACCCCCCCAAACCUGAGAACCCCGGUGAAGACGCCCCCCCUGAAGAGCUGGCCAAGUACUACACAGCCCUGAGACACUACAUCAACCUGAUCACCAGGCAGAGGUAUGGAAAGCGUUCUGCACAGGAAGACGUGGUGGCUGAGCUGUUGUUCGGAGGUGACAGCAACAGAGACCAGAGGUCAAGAUACGAUGACUCCUACAUGUGGUGACUCCGCCCCCCCUUCUCUCCCUCCUCAUCAGGCAUUCCCUCCAGGUGCGUUCCCAUAAUGCACCUGGAGGGGCCGACGUGUGCCUCUCACCUCUGACCCUUGAACCUCAUUCGACCAAUGACCAUCACUGACCUGAAAACACACGUUCUCUCUCUCUGUCUCUCUGCUCAUUUGUCUCCCAUCUCUGUCAUUACAAAUCAAACUGUACAUAAUUUAAUAUUGAAAUAAAGGUCUAUAUGAUUUCACAGCUACUAAUCAGAAGGUGGAACUGUAUCUGUGUCUGUGUGUGAGCUUUGUCCAGCACUGUUUAGAGGAAGAAGUCCUGGUUCUACUGUUGCUACUGUCAAUAGUAACACUAGAAUAAAUAAAUACAAAUUAUUGUGUGUGUUUACUUCUUUAUUUAAUGUUGGUUUUUUCGGACAUUAUUAAUGUAAGGAUUAUGACCCUGU